GGAAGAACCCUGGGAUGUGAGCGCAGGGUCCUUGGUGAUCCGCUUCAUGUGGAACCACACUCCGGGAGAGCACUUGGGUCCUGCUGUCCAUCUAGGUGGGCAGUGUCUGUCCAGCCCUAGCCAGAGGAUUAGGAAGCAGAUGGAUCUCACAUGGCUACCACCCCAGUUGACUGCCUCGUCCUCCCUCCUUGUGUGUGAAUUGUCACAACCCUGCCGCAUGCCUAGUGGCCCUCACUAAACUUUUUAGGCCUAUAUUCCUGGGGCUGCUCUCACAGGUCUCUGUUCCUCUGGUGAUUAUGCUGGGCUGGAGCCUGACAGAGCUGGCAGCUGGACUCUGUAGACAGUUCCAGAAGGCUGGGAGGGGCUGGGCCUGAUUUCAAAGUCCAAAAAGCAGCUUAAGAGCACAGAGGAAACGAGAAAGUGUUAGUCAUGGGAUCUCAAAAAGCUUAGAACGUGUGCCCAGUGCGUGAGCGGUGGCCAUGUGGCACUCAGCAGAGAGCAGCCCGCAUGUGCCUGUCCUUGCUACAUGAUGGUGUCCAAAGAGGCCUCUGAGGUGAACCACACCCUGCACGUCUGUCCUUCCACGGUGAGGGCCACGCUGUAGCUGUGGAUCCCAGGACUCCUUCCAGAAGCAUCUGCACAGUCUUGGUACUACCAGACUAUUUCGUCAGUAUGAAGAGCAGGCACUUGGCACAUGAUGUGACUUUCCUCAAAGGAACACAUUCAUCUGCAGGACUUUUGUGGAGCCACAAGCGCCAACCUGGUGCCAGGCACACUCUCCUCAGGAGCCCACCGGCUUGCGGAGGCCAGUGAUGGCAGCUUCACAUCCCAAGAAGCUCCUCCAUACCAGCAUCUGCCGGGUCAGAGCAGGGUCGGGCUUCCCUGAGGAGGGAUCCAGAGCCGGGAGAGUUCACUGUCCAAGAUGUAUGCAGUGUGAUGCCAAAUUUGACUUUAUCACCAGAAAGCACCACUGUCGCCGCUGCGGGAAGUGCUUCUGCGACAGGUGCUGCAGCCAGAAGGUGUUGCUGCGCCGCAUGUGCUUCGUGGACCCUGUGCGGCAGUGCGCAGAGUGCGCCCUGCUGUCCCACAAGGAGGCUGAGUUCUACGACAAGCAGCUCAAAGUGCUCCUGGGUGGAGCCACCUUCCUCGUAACUUUUGGGAACUUAGAGAAAUCUGAAACUAUGGUUUGUCGUCUUUCCAACAACCAGAGGUACUUGUUUCUGGAUGGAGACAGCCACCAUGAGGUUGAGAUUGCACACAUCUCAACUGUGCAGAUCCUCACGGAGGGCCUCUCUCCUGCAGAAAAAGACAUUCACACUUAUACCAGCCUCCGGGGGAGCCAGCCUGCCUUUGAAGGAGGCAACGCACGGGCCACAGGCAUGUUGCUACAGUACGUGGUGCCAGGGACAGAGGGUGUGACCCACCUGAAGCUGACAGCUGGGGAAGAUGCAAAUGCCAACAGGAGACAGGCAGCUGCGUGGCUGGUGGCCAUGCACAAGGCUGCCAAGCUCCUCUAUGAAUCUCGGGACCAGUGAUUCCACAUGUCAGCUGAGCCUGGGCACAUCUGGGCACCGGGACCGACUGGAACAGCAGAGCCUGCUCCCUGCCAACCAUAGGGAUUAACCUCGCUCGUACUAGGAAAUGCAGCUUACGUCAUAUCUGGAGAAACAGAAGUAUUCACUUACUAGUGCAAUAUGUACACAGUUUAUUAACACUUUAAACACUUUCGCUACUGGGA